AUGGACAACCAUCCCCACCGACAAAUCCGCGCCAAAUACACUGUCUACCAAGCCUACACCUCCUCCAUCGCAGACGCCGCUCUGGAUGCCCAAAGAUUCGUCCCUCCGUUCUCCCGCACACACAUAACCUGGGUUAAAGCCUCCUUUCUGUGGAUGGCGUAUCGAAGCGGCUGGGCCCGGAAACCCAAGCAGGAACGCGUCCUGGCCAUUUAG